ACCAUGUUCCAUUUUCCAUUAUCCACCAUCUCUCGUGACCUGUCUUCUUUCUUUCUCUCAACCCAAAUUGAUCGUCCGCGAAACCGCACCUCCGCAACCCACCCGCCCAGCUGCACGAUCGUCCGCUAAGGCGGUGAUAGGGAAGGCUGCGAAAUCGAGCUCCGCAGGAGGUUCGAAGGGAGCCGGAGAUCGAUGGUCCUAGGGUUUCGAUCCUGCCCGCGAUCGCCACUGGCCCACCGAAUCUCUUUGGUCAAUCCUUUCCGGCAAUUGGAAACUUAGGAAGAAGAAUAAGGGGGAGGAGGAGGAGGAGAAAUGGGGAGGGAGGGCGGAGACCCGAAUCGGGGAAAUCCGAACCGGGCGAGCCAGGGGAAAGAGGAGGAGGAGAUGAAGCUCUGGGGCGUUCUGGUCUUCGGCCUAAUUGGCGCCACAGCUACAACUUUGGCGGUUUCUCGUCUUCGGCAAACCGUAAAUUGGGUCUAUGCUCAGUUAACCAGGUCGCAUGAAUCGGCAAAAUCUUUCAGAACGGCUUUUCAAGAGGAUGCUUGGAAGAGAUACAACCGACGAAUGCAGGAGGCAUAUGAAGAAGAAAUGGAGAGAGUGGAGCGCAUAAAGCGUAUGCAGAGUGUGUUUAAUAGAGAAAGGAGUAAAUAUAAUAGGGGGUAUCAGAGCUGGAAUGAAAAUGAUGCUGGUGCAUAUAAUCAGCAAUUCCAGCGGGAUGAUUGGUAUUGGAAGGCAGAUACAUCAUCCAGAUAUCGAAGUACUAAUUUCAGGAGAGCUCCGAGGGAGAAUGCAAACUACCCAUUGUCACAUCAUUACUCUGUAUUGGGCCUUGAUAGGUCAAGGAAGACACCAUACACGGAUUCUGAGAUCAAGACGGCAUUUAGGGCCAAGGCAUUGGAGUUUCAUCCGGAUCAGAACCAGAAUAACAAAGUGGCUGCUGAGGCGAAGUUCAAAGAAGUAAUGGUGUCUUACGAGGCCAUAAAAAAAGAACGGGAAAAUACUAGGACCUAAAACAUUGGCUUAAUUCUGUCUAUGAUAUUCCAAUGAUUGACAUUGAAAUCCAAUAGCAGAUGAAGGAACGGUGCCAAUGCCCUACAUUGAAUUCCCAGGGACACCAACUGGGAAGAAGAUGCUGCGCCAGAUUACGAGUUUUGCAGAGUUACUGGGCAUUUCUUGGACUUGUGUCCUGAUACUAGGGCGUCCGAGCAGAAUAAAAUUAUGUCUUUUGACUUAGAGGUAUAAAACCACGUGAGACGUGAUUAGGGAAUGUUUAUGUAGAGCAUAAUUGUACAAUUGCACGGCAUGGCACUCUUUGUUGCCGAGAUGUCAUUGAAAGUAACCUAGCUCAUUUGAGCUGGGUAUUUUAUCCUUUUUUUUAUUCUUUUGGUUUUUCAACGAGGGUGAGCUUGGAGCCACAUGGAUCUACACAGUUUUUUUAUAUACGGUAAAGAAGAGGGCAUGGAGUUACUUGUAAAUCGCGAUUUGCUGGGGAAGGUUACUGCAAGCUUGUUUUC